GUCUGUCUGUCUGUCUGUCUGCCUGUCUGUGCAUAUCUGGUUUAGGUUAGACUCUCACAUGCGUUCUGAUUGGCUUAAAGUUGAGACUAGAGAGUUUUUUCACCACACCCUGUGAUAAAUCUUAUUCUAGGCGUUUUUCUGUGGAUCAGCCCGGAGCUCUCUAACGGCACGCGGCAGGAUUACGUUUUAAUUUCUUAAGGACUUUUUAAAAUCACACUUCUUCAUUGUUUCAACUUUUUUUAAUCUUUUACAAACUAAGAACUUCAGAUUGGUGGUGAGUUAGUGUGAGCGCUGUAAUCUUUCCAACAUUAGAAAACUGUGAUUUAGUUUUUGGGUUUUUUUGGUCUGAGCUGAGCGCGUAAAGACGCACGGCGGCUCCAUGGCACACAUGUGCAGGCAGAUCACCGGCAGCGCCGCCAGCUGCGCGGGCUGGGUCGGGAUCAUUGUAGCCACGGCCACUAACGACUGGGUCCGCACCUGCGACUACACCGUGGCCACCUGCGUCCGCAUGGAGGAGCUGGGCUCGCAGGGACUGUGGGCAGAGUGCGUCAUCUCCCCGGCGCUUUAUCACUGCGUGACCCUGGACCAGAUCCUGACCCUGCCCGCCUAUGUCCAGACGUCUCGCGCUCUGAUGAUCUGUGCCUGUCUCCUCGGUCUCCCGUCCAUGCUGCUGGUUCUGAUGUCGAUGCCCUGCGUCAGGCUGCAGAACGACACCUCCGCCAUCAAGCAGCGGCGCGCACGCGUGGGAGGCGUCCUCUUCAUCCUCAUGGCUGUGUGUGGCAUCAUAUCGACUAUCUGGUACCCGAUUGGCGUUCACCAAGACGAGGGUCUGAUGUCGUUCGGCUUCUCCCUGUAUGCCGGCUGGGUCGGCGCCGCUCUCUGUCUCCUGGGGGGCUCCAUGAUCUUGUGUUGCCAUGGCACCGACCCCGGGACCCCGAGCAGGGAGAACAGCUUCUACUACUCCAGACAGAGGGGCACCGCCAUGCCGCUGGACCCCCCCGCCAACCACGCCAAGAGUGCACAUGUGUGAAGAUGUGGCUCUUUGUCCCACAUUUCACAGACGAUGUCGAUGUCAUAGUCAAGUCUGUGCAUUUCUUCUUUUUACAUUUAGCCGAUACAACUUUGAGAGUGAUUUAUGAUAUGCGAGCAUGUAGGAGUUAGUGCCUUACAGUUCUAGAAACUUCCACUGAAUUCAAAUAAAUAGAAUAAAAGAAGCAAAGAACGUCCACGUACGAUUAGUUGCGUCAGGUUCAACAAACUUUGGCGACCUUUUCAACGGAUAAAACUGCAUAUUAACAGUCUUUAUGUUCAUAAAAUAGAACUCAAUAUGACAUAUCAGUCAUGAUUAGAGCUGGGUAUUGGUACUUGAUACCUUUAAGAUAUCAAAGUAGUACCUAGUACCAAGUAGUAUAAAAACGUCUCCAUUUAAAAAUGACGCAGCCAAUCACAGCAAGUGUUUUUGAUUUAAUUAUGUGUGAUUGGCCCAUUACCGCAGCUACAGCUGGCAGCUACAUACAUGCUGUGUCUCAAUUUGGAUACUUCUGUUAGUACACCUCUAUGUACUACAUUGUGUAUACUAUGUGCUUCUCGGUGUAGAAGCACAUAGUGGUUCCACUACAUAGCCUUAAUGGCAACUGUUGAGAGAACCAUCCGGCAUUCCACACUCAACUUUUUGACCGUUAUGAGUGCUGUACUGAAACUUUCGUACUCAACAUAGCAUGGAAGUACUCAAAUUGAAACACAGCAACUGUGUCAAGUCUGUGCCGGUGACGUUGUUGUUGAUGUUUACCGUGUUCGCAAGACCAGAGGCUUGUUUGACACCAGGUAACGAAUAAUUUCCUCUGAUGGUAUCUGUUUCAGUUAAAGGGUACUGCUACUGGUACUGGUAUUGUCUUUUUU